CACAGUGUCAGGACCAGGGCAGCCACCGAAUUCUGGAUCCUGCAGGGGGUCCUGAUCUGCUGGCCGCUAACCCUCUUCCUUCCUUGCCCAGAACUCCAAUGUGGAGAACCUGCCCCCCCACAUCAUCCGCCUAGUGUACAAGGAGGUGACCACACUGACUGCCGACCCACCAGAUGGCAUCAAGGUCUUUCCCAAUGAGGAGGACCUCACCGACCUGCAGGUCACCAUCGAGGGCCCUGAGGGGACCCCCUAUGCCGGAGGCCUAUUCCGCAUGAAGCUUCUGCUGGGGAAGGACUUCCCUGCCUCUCCACCCAAGGGCUACUUCCUGACCAAGAUCUUCCACCCCAAUGUGGGUGCCAACGGCGAGAUAUGUGUCAACGUGCUCAAGAGGGACUGGACGGCGGAGCUGGGCAUCCGUCACGUGCUUCUGACCAUCAAGUGCCUGCUGAUCCACCCCAACCCUGAGUCUGCGCUCAACGAGGAGGCAGGCCGUCUGCUCCUAGAGAACUAUGAGGAGUAUGCGGCACGCGCCCGCCUGCUUACAGAGAUCCACGGUGGUGCCGGCGGGCCCAGCGGUGGGAGGGCUGAGGCUGGCCGGGCCUUGCCUGGUGCUUCUUCGGCCUCCACUGACCCCUUGGCCCCUGGGGGUCCAGGCGGGGCAGAGGGUCCCAUGGCCAAGAAGCACGCGGGCGAGCGCGAUAAGAAGUUGGCCGCCAAGAAAAAGACGGACAAGAAGCGGGCACUGCGGCGGCUGUAGUGGGUUCUCCCUGCCUUCCCCGUCCUCACCUGCACCCCCAACUCCUGUUCCUCUGCUCUGUCUCUAAGUUAUUUAAAUUAUGGCCGGGGUGGGGGAGGGUAUGGGGGGCACUGGGCCUGGACUUGUUUUUCUAAAUAAAGUUGGAAAAGCA